AUGGAGUCAAGUAAAAAGAUGGAAUCCCCCGGCACCCUGCAGACGAACCCGCCGCUGAAGCUGCACCCUGACCGCGGCGCCGGGACGUCCGUGUUCGUCCCCGAGCAAGGAGGUUACAAAGAAAGGUUUGUGAAGACCGUGGAGGACAAGUACAAGUGCGAGAAGUGCCGCCUGGUGCUGUGUAACCCGAAGCAGACGGAGUGCGGACACCGGUUCUGUGAGACCUGCAUGGCGGCCCUGCUGAGCUCCUCCAGCCCAAAAUGUACCGCGUGUCAAGAAGGCAUCAUCAAAGAUAAGGUGUUUAAGGAUAAUUGCUGCAAGAGAGAGAUUCUGGCUCUUCAGAUCUACUGCAGGAACGAGGGCGGGGGCUGCACAGAGCAGUUGACCCUGGGACACCUGCUGGUGCAUUUAAAGAAUGAUUGCCAGUUUGAAGAGCUGUCGUGUGUCCGCGCUGACUGCAAAGAGAAAGUGUUGAGAAGAGACCUGCGUGACCACGUGGAAAAGGCCUGCAAGUACCGGGAGGCCACGUGCAGCCACUGCAAAAGUCAGGUCCCGAUGAUCACGCUGCAGAAACACGAAGACACUGAGUGUCCCUGUGUGGUGGUGUCCUGCCCCCAUAAGUGCAGUGUCCAGACCCUUCUGAGGAGUGAGUUGAGUGCGCACUUGUCAGAGUGCGUCAAUGCCCCCAGCACCUGUAGUUUUAAGCGCUAUGGCUGCGUGUUUCAGGGGACAAACCAGCAGAUUAAGGCCCAUGAGGCCAGCUCCGCGGUGCAGCACGUCAACUUACUGAAAGAGUGGAGUAAUUCUCUGGAGAAAAAGGUUUCCUUGCUACAGAAUGAAAGUGUAGAAAAAAACAAGAGCAUACAAAGUCUGCACAAUCAAAUAUGUAGCUUUGAAAUUGAAAUUGAGAGACAAAAGGAAAUGCUUCGAAAUAAUGAAUCCAAAAUACUUCAUUUACAGCGGGUAAUAGACAGCCAGGCGGAGAAAUUGAAAGAGCUUGACAAAGAGAUCCGCCCGUUCCGGCAGAACUGGGAAGAAGCGGACAGCAUGAAGAGCAGCGUGGAAUCCCUCCAGAACCGAGUGACCGAGCUGGAGAGUGUGGACAAAAGCGCCGGGCAGGCGGCUCGGAACACAGGCUUGCUGGAGUCCCAGCUGAGCCGGCACGACCAGAUGCUGAGCGUCCACGACAUCCGCCUGGCCGACAUGGAUCUGCGCUUCCAGGUUCUGGAGACCGCCAGCUACAAUGGCGUGCUGAUCUGGAAGAUCCGAGAUUACAAGCGGCGGAAGCAGGAAGCCGUCAUGGGGAAGACCCUGUCCCUUUACAGCCAGCCUUUCUACACGGGCUAUUUUGGCUAUAAGAUGUGUGCCAGGGUCUACCUGAACGGGGAUGGCAUGGGCAAGGGGACGCAUCUGUCGCUGUUUUUUGUCAUCAUGCGUGGAGAAUACGAUGCUCUGCUUCCUUGGCCGUUCAAGCAGAAAGUGACACUCAUGCUGAUGGAUCAGGGGUCCUCUCGGCGUCACCUGGGAGACGCGUUCAAGCCGGACCCCAACAGCAGCAGCUUCAAGAAACCCACCGGGGAGAUGAAUAUCGCCUCCGGCUGCCCGGUGUUUGUGGCCCAAACUGUGCUGGAAAACGGGACGUAUAUCAAAGAUGAUACCAUUUUUAUUAAAGUCAUAGUGGAUACUUCGGAUCUGCCUGACCCCUGA